AUGGGAUUUAUUAUGUACGUUGGAUUAUUUACAUUGAUUGCAUUAUUUGGAUUUUAUAAGAAAAAUUUUAAUUAUUGGAAAAAUAAAAAUGUCAAAAUGACAAAUCCAUGGUUUCCAUUGGGUGACAUAUCCCGAGCUGGAUUUUAUAAAAAUAUUGGAAUCGUUAUGAAAGAAAUUUACGAUAAAUUUCCUGGAGAAAAAUUUAACGGUUGUUGGGUUUUUUACAGGCCGCAUUUAAUGAUUCGCGAUCCAGAAUUAAUAAAAACAAUUUUCGUUAAAGAUUUUAAUUAUUUUAGAGAUCGCGGUCUUUAUUUUAACGAAAAAACUGAUCCUCUAUCUGCAAAUCUUUUUUUCAUGGGUGGAAAUAAAUGGAGAAGUCUUAGAACGAAAUUAACAUCGAAUUUUAGUUCUGGUAAAAUGAAAAAAAUGUUUGAAAACAUGCAUGAGAAAAGUUUAGAACUUCAAAAAUCUGUUAAAGAUUUUGCAGAAAAAGAUAAAAUAAUUGAACCGAAAUAUUUUACCGUGAGGUAUACGCACGAUGUUGCUGCCACCUGUUUGUUGGGAUUUCAAGCAAAAUGUUUAACGAACAACGAUUCCAUUUUACCCUACGUCGGUCAUAAAGUAUUCGAAGAUACUUGGACAAACAUAAUUAAAAUUGCCGUUAGCGUUUUUGUUCCGGAUAUAGGGACUUUAUUUCGCAUAAAAAUUACUCCAAAAGAUGUGACUAAUUUUUUUUUCAAUACGGUUAAAGAUGUUAUGGAAUUUAGAGAGAGUCAAAACAAAGAUGGCGGCUUUAAUGAUUUCAUGCAAACUUUAGUUAAAUUAAAAAAAGAAGGAUAUACAGAAUACGAAGAUGUAAAAGAUUAUGCUCUUGCACAAGCUUUUAUAUUUUGGAUGGGUGCAUUUGAAUCAUCGGCAUCAACAAUGCAAUUUGCUUUAUAUGAAAUGUCACUCAAUAAUUUAAUACAAGAAAAAGCAAGACAAGAAGUAAAAAGUGUUUUAAAAAAAUUCAAUGGACAAUUAACUUAUGAAAGCUUACCUUAUAUGGAAUAUUUAGGAAGAGUCGUUGAUGAAACGUUGAGAAAAUAUCCACCGGUUUCGGUUUUGACAAGAGUUUGUUUAAAAAAAUAUAAAAUACCAGAAUCGGAUGUUGUCAUAGAGAAAGGAACUCCACUUAUAAUCACAGUUUUGGGAUUACACAUGGAUCCAAAUUAUUAUCCAAAUCCAGAAAAAUUUGAUCCUGAAAGAUUUACAGAAGAAGAAAAAAGGAAAAGGCAUCAUUAUGCAUAUAUACCUUUUGGUGGAGGUUUGCAUCAAUGUAUGGGUCAAAGAUACGGUUUGAUGCAAAUUAAAAUCGGAUUAGCUAAUUUACUAGUAAAUUAUAAAUUUGAUAUAAGUUUUAAAACUCCACAAAGAGCAAAAAUUUGCAGGAAAAAUGUUUUGUAUACCGUUCGAAAUGGGAUUCCGUUAGAUUUUAACAAAGUUAAUUUGAAAUAUCAUCGAACAGGUGAAAGGAGUCAUUCUUCGGUGAAAAUUGAUUACAAUUUGGCGCGAUAA